AUGUCCGGUCUCAACAAAUCCGCAAAGACCAUCGAGCUGGAAAAGUUCCUUCGCAAAGGCUCCCUCGAACCGAAGCCUGAGAACCCACGAAAAUCCUGGAUCGAAGAGCAGAGCAAACUUGCCGCAGAGCAAAAGCCAGGUCCAUGGGGCUUCAAUAACGAAUUCCCGCAAGCUCAGGCGGACAUUCAGGAGCAAGGCCGGAAGCAAGAUGCAGCUGAGCAGCAAUCGCAGGCGGAGAGAUUCGGGGUUGCGAAGCCGAAGAAGAAAGUGUCGAAGUUCAUUGUUGGGGGGAUGAAUGGGAGUGACAAUUGCCACUGCCUUGCGACUCGAAUGAUGCUCCGUGUGACCUGA